CUGAAGUUGGUGUCUAUUCUUUACUGUUGCCUUUGAAAGUCUACUUCUCAUUUUUAAUUUUCUACCACAAAGUGUAAUUUCUUCAAGGGAAGACUUCACUUCUUUUACAGGUAAGAGAAUGAGCUGGCAAAGGUCCAGGUCUGGUUUGCUGACAUUUAACCUCUUGUAAUGUAGCGGAAAUACCACACGACUACGCUACCUGCAAGGGUUGUUGUAUUUGCGGGAAUCACUCAUUUAAUUUUCUCUUUGGGUUUCCGAAUUAGUGUUACUUCUCUUUUUGAGCUAAUCAACUUAUUCAUUAAUUUCAUCAUCACACAUAUUUGUCCACAAAUCUCACUUGGAGUUACUUGUAUCAGUGUUUGAUAUUGCCUGUUUAUUUUCAAUGAAUUCGCACUGGCAUUCCUUACCAGUCAAAUUGUCUGAAAGCACCUUAGAGGCAAUCUCCUCACUUGGCUUUAAAGAAUGCAUGCCAGUUCAGCAAUCCGUUAUUCCUCUGCUGCUGUCUUCGAAAGAUGUGGCAGCUGAAGCUGUCACGGGGUCUGGAAAGACUUUGGCAUUUGUUGUACCUGUUUUGGAGAUACUUUUAAGAAGAAAUCGUCCCUGGCAAAUAUAUGAAAUCGGGGCUUUGAUUCUGUCUCCAACUUAUGAACUAGCAGUACAAAUACAUGAGGUUGUCUUACAUUUCAUUAAAUUCGUCAAUAUGAAAACAAAUGGUAAUUGUAAUUUUUCUUCACUCGUUUUCACUGGUGGUGGACGUUCCACUGGUCCAACUACAAAAUUUCAAGAUUUUGCUGCUUUUAAAGAAAAAGGUUCCACUAUUCUUGUCGCUACUCCUGGCCGUUUAACUGAUUUAAUCUUAGCUGGUCAAGUUGUUGAUUUUGGGCUGGGAAAUAUGAUGAAUCCUAUAAUUCGUGGACUUCGUAGUAUUGAAAUUUUAAUACUGGAUGAAGCUGAUCGUCUUUUAGAAAUGGGAUUCGAAUCACAAAUAAAUACGAUUUUAUCGUUUUUACCAAAACAACGAAGGACAGGAUUAUUCUCGGCUACACAAACAACUCGAAUUGAGGAUCUACUGAGAGCUGGACUACGUAAUCCAGUUCGUGUGACUGUAAGUCAACAAACAAUGAAAGAUGUCAGCUCUGUUAGUGAUGGAUCUCAGCAACAGAAAUUACAACCACAACAACAGCAACGAACACCAUUUGCGCUACAAAACUAUUAUGCGAUUGUCGAACCAGAUGAGAAGAUGUCACUUAUUCUACGAUUUAUUUUAGCACACAGAACGGAGAAAAUUUUAAUAUUUCUGGCUACUUGUUCCUGUGUAGAUUAUUUCUAUUCCAUUCUCAAAGGUUUACUUCCAUCAAAACAAUCUAAACGGCUAGAAAAAUUGCACGGGAAGUUGAAUAAAAAACGUUUCAGUGUAUUCACCAAAUUUAAAGAUUCACCAAAUGGGGUUUUAUUAUGUACUGAUGUAAUGGCACGAGGUAUUGAUGUACCACAUAUUGACUGGGUUAUUCAAUGUGAUCCGCCAACUAGUGCGAAUGCAUUUGUGCAUCGUUGUGGUCGAACUGCACGAUGUGGAACUCAAGGUAGUGCUUUAUUGUUCAUUACUUCUCAAGAGGCUGCCUACAUCAACUUUUUGGAUAUCAAUCAACAGGUUAACUUAAAACAGAUGGAACGUGAAGAACUCGAACAACAUAUGACCCCAUUAUCUCCUUCGGAUACACCAGAGUCUAUUUCUGGACGUAUUCGGAAUCUUUGCAGACAUGAUAAGUGAGUAAGUAGCAUUGUUACCACUUUUUAUUCAUUGAUAUUUCCUUGGAUUUUGCAAGUAUUCUGAUGAAAAGUGAUUGAAAAGAACAAGAAACUCGGCAAAGAUAUUUUUUUCGAGGACUUCAUCUUCAAAAGCUGUACAAUCAUAUUUUUAUACGUAAGUUUACAUAGUUACAAGUAUUAUUUAAGUUAACAUAGAAACGAAAGGAGAUUGGAGGAGGUAGUAAUUUUCAACUCCUGUGGAGUUAGGUACAUAGGUCGUUCUAUGCAUGUCCUUUCGAAACGUGUUAGAGAAUGCGACCAGGCGUGACUGUAAAGGGGAGGCGCUGGUUCAGUCAAAGGCUCUAUAAUUAAACAUCUUGUCAACUUCUGUCACAUCAUUUUAACUCACUCAUCAUUUACAAAAUGGACAAAAAUCUACCAAAGGCAGUAUGAUCCCGACUCCAGUCACUCUUUGUCCUAUAGAAACUUUCGGCAUAUGCAUCGAGAAGACGGAACUAUGUGUUCAAAAGAAACUAGUCCAACACUUACAUUCACCAUGGAUCUAGUUUUGUUUGAUUUCCUAGUUGUCUUUUUUCUCUGCCUUCAUUAUUUCAUCUUCAGUUAUAGAAACUAUUAUUUCAAUUUGUUUCUAUGCUCAUCCGUUUCACAUUUAUCUUCGUUGAAAAGUACCUUACAUAUCACGAAACUAUGUGCUAAUCUUGUGUAGUUAUCUUACUAUGCCCUUUGUAACUUAUAUUCGUACCCUCAAAAUUUGUUAUCAAGUUAAAAAUUAUUAUCUCCUUUAAUCUGUCUUGAUUGCUAUGUUGAAUUAUAUAACAAUAACUCACUAAGUAACUAUAUGAACUUGUGUAUGAAAACGUUUGGUUGUACAUCUUUUAAGGACUAAGUGUCUGAAAAGAGGUCUUUGCUGAGCCUCUUGUUCGUUUCUCUCGAAUAUGCUGAUGGCUAUUUUCCUUGAAUAGUGAAUGACUGGGUCAAAUAGCUUUUUUUAUCCAGUGGCAAAAAAACAGAUUUGGAGCUGUGUUGAAUGUAAGUGUUUAUGAAGUGAACUAAGCUGAAUCAAUAUGGAACUCUUCACGAAAUUUUAUCAUUCCGAAAGUCUCAAAUCAUUGGUUCUGAGCUUCCAGAGGGACCCAGCCAGACAGUCUACAUC